AUGGCCGACUACACGAGAUCGUCCUCUAAGCGACGGCGAGUCUCCAGCUCCGCAAUCGAUAUGCAAUCCGCCAUCCAACAACCGGGAUCCAUCAAAAUCAACGUCGAAGGCGCCUACAUCAUAGAUCACGAGGACGAAGACUCCUCACACGGCAGCUCACCAUCCUCGCACACAGAAGGAGAAGAGCAAUCCUACCAGCACCACAACCGGGACAUCCGGCUGCCGAACCAUACCGCAGUAGUCAGCCACGUAGCCGCUGACAUCGGAGGAUCUCUGGCCAAAGUCGUCUACUUCUCCCGUGAGAACGGUGUCCCGGAGUCCGGCGGCCGACUGAACUUCCUGUCAUUCGAGACGGACAAGAUCGAUGAGUGCAUCGAGUACUUGAGGCUGCUGCAGCACAAGUAUCAAAAGACUAAUGGCGAUGCCAAAGCAGCGGAUCUCAUGGUCAUGGCGACUGGUGGCGGCGCUUUCAAGUUCUAUGAUAGGAUCAAGGAGCGGCUGGGCGUUGAUGUUGUCCGCGAAGACGAGAUGGAGUGUCUCAUCAUGGGUCUGGAUUUCUUCAUCACCGAGAUACCGACGGAGGUGUUCACCUACAACGACGAUGAUCCAGAGAAUGCCGUCGACUAUCAGGACCCUCGAUCUGAAGUCUAUCCUUACCUGUUGGUCAACAUCGGCAGUGGUGUCUCCAUGAUCAAGGUGUCGGGGCCAUCGCAGUAUCAGCGGAUAGGCGGUACUUCAUUGGGAGGUGGCACGCUCUGGGGCUUGCUGUCUCUGCUCACCGGUGCUCGCACUUUUGACGACAUGCUGGCCAUGGCGGACAAAGGCGACAACCAUGCUAUUGACCUGCUCGUCGGCGACAUCUACGGCGAGGGGAUGGGCUAUGAGAAGAUUGGCUUAAGUGAGAAGACCAUUGCAAGCAGCUUCGGCAAGGUAUUGAAGCGCAAGAGGGAGGCGGAGCGGAGAGCAGAAGACGGCAGCGGUCUUAGCAAUGGGGAUGCUGUUCCACGACCGGAGGAGCCGCCAGCUGCACCAGCCAAUGAUGAGGCUGUGAAUCUGGUUGGUGAUGGGAGGAUGUUCAAGCCUGAAGACAUCUCGCGGAGUCUGCUGUAUGCUAUAAGUAACAACAUUGGCCAGAUCUCAUACCUCCAGUCGGAAAAGCACAACCUACAACGCAUAUACUUCGGAGGCUCCUUCAUCCGCGGCCAUGCGCAGACCAUACAUACUCUGUCCUUCGCCAUCAAAUUCUGGAGCAAAGGAUCCAAGCAAGCAUUCUUCCUCCGCCACGAGGGAUACCUGGGAGCGGUCGGUGCCUUUCUGAAGCGGAGACCGCAGAGCUGGGGUAGAAGAGGCAGUGUUGACCUUGUAGAUAUAUAG